AUGCAGUCCGGAAUAUCAGUGUCGACUGAGCUGCACGAUGCCUUCAACACCUUCGCCACCGACGCUUCGCUCUUCUGCCUGCCCGUAACCAUCACCUCGGAAGCCCUGACUCCCCUGUCUCUGAUCCCCUUCUCGACCGCCGGAGCAGGGAAGGAUGCGUUUUAUGCCUCUCUGCCGCAGCUGGCGUCCCUGCUGGAGCCCAAGACGCCUCUUUACCUUCUCCUACGGCGGAGAAGUGAGUCUACCUCUGCCCUCGUUCCGUUGACGUAUAUUCCCUCCAACGCAGGCGUGCGGGCCAAGACGCUCUUCGCCUCGACUCGGUCGACCCUUGUCCGUGAACUCGGCACGGAGAAGUUCGCCACCACCGUCUUCGCAACAGAGGAGGAAGAGGUGCACUCCGAGUCCGCCUGGCGGGAGCGGGACAACGAGAACGGGCCAGACUCCGGUGCGGCGGGGUCUGGAUAUUCUCGCGAUGACCUCAUGGGUGAGAAGGAGAGAGCGCUGGCCGCCGUGCGCCGCGCGGAGGAGGAGGCCCGUAGCGGCACUCCUGGUCGGGAUAUCGGCAUCGGAGGCACCUUUCGACGUGGGGGGGCCACCUCGGGAGCGAGCAUUGAGGCUCGCGUCGACGAGGAGGCCAAGCGGGCGUUGCGCGAGUUGCAGCCGGGUGGGAUCGUGCAGUUGGCUAUUGACAUUCCGACUGAAACCAUCAAGCUGGCCACGGCCCAGGAUAACGUCGCGGUGGAUGCGGUGAGCGGCUUGAUCUCCGAGUCCUCUCCGCGUUAUACCAUCUACCACUACCCCGGCUCGGAGACGGUCAUCUUCAUCUAUACCUGCCCAUCCGGUUCGUCGAUCAAGGAGCGUAUGUUGUACGCUAGCUCGCGCAUGUCCGCAUUCCAGCUAGCGGAGGGGGAAGGCUUGAAGAUCGCCAAGAAGAUCGAAGCCUCGACUCCGGAUGAAAUCUCUGGAGAGAGAUUACUCGAAGAAUUCAAUCCCGCACAGGAUGAGGGGGCGAGAAGGGGCUUCGCAAGACCCAGAAGGCCGGGAAGGUAG